AAAUCAGUCAACUGCGGCAAUAAUAUAAACGUGGAAUUUAAAGGGUAGAAUCUAAUUGUUGAGAAUUGACACUAUUGCUUUCAACCAUGAGAUAGGCGAACGAUUUCAAAUGUUUGAAACGAUUUUGAUGGACUCUAAAUUUAAUAAAGAAAUAUGGGACCUAGCCAAUACAAAGAUAACAGUCUUGUAGAGACCCAGGGGAGUGUAAGUCCUGUGGGACAAACAAUGGACCUUACGGAUGACAUUGAAAAGAUAGAAUUAGACCUCACUGGAUUGGAUCCUAGUGAUGAAAAAACUCGCUAUCGCCAAAAUACCACAAAUGGCGGACAACAAAUAAGUCCCAGAGCUGCUAAAUAUAGAGAUGGAGGCUCCAAAGGGAAGUUUGCAAAAUACAUAACGGUUCCUGAAGAUAACAAAGCCUCACCAAGGUCACAUAACUCCCUCAGAGGUGCCCCAUCUAUAAUUUCUGGACAUGGUACAACAAGGUCUAGAGGAGCUCCGUCAUUUGUUGGAAGUGUACCAACUACCAGUUAUCAUCCUGGUCACGAGGGCACCAUACGGGGGGUGCCAUCUUCUAUGGGCACAAUGACUGGAAGACGAAACCAACCAGCUUAUAAAUCUUGGAAUGGUGCAAUUCCAAAUGGACAUCUUCCACAUGGUCAUACUCCUAGACCAGGAACACUUGCAUUUAGACGAGGGGGAACAGAACGAAAGGAACAUUUAGUCCACCAUUUUGGAAUAGAAGUUGAUAAGCAUAUCAAUCAUAGAUAUUCCCCUGGUGAGGAGAUUUCUGGUCGUGUUGUUUAUGAUGUCACACGGAAUUUAGAAAUAAGAUUCAUUGAAUUUCAAGUUAUCGGCCACUGUGCUAUCACUACCAUUAAUAAUAUAACAAAGAAUAAAAAAACAAAAGUUGACAAAUUUCUAUGUAAAAGAAAGUAUAUGGUUGGGACACCAGAUGGAAGAUGGACUUCACUCAUAACUCCUGGACAUUAUGUAUCAAGCUUUCGCUUUUUGCUUCCAUCUGGAAUACCGUCAACAGUUCAAUAUGAGGACAAUAGAAAUGGAUUUGGUGCAGAGAUAAUAUAUAUGUUAAAAGUUCGGAUUUGUGAUGAAGUAGGAUCCACUUCAGCAAGAAGCAAUCAUUCUUUGAAUACUCUAGUAAAGGUGCUCCUAUCAAGGAGACUAAAUUUUACAGUACGAAGGCCAUUUGAUAUUCACUCUGUACCCAUGGGUCUCAUGCCAAUUAUUCAUACUGAAGACAUUCAAUUAUCAUGUUCGGGAGUUGCAAUAAUAGAUAUGAGUCUAGAUCGCACAUGCUACUUAGCAGGUGACAAUAUCAUUGUACAUCUAGAGACACAAAACAAAUAUUCCCGUAAAAUCAAAAGUAUUUCUUGUGAGCUGGUACAAAAAAUUACUGUUCUUGCCAAUAAAUUUCGAGCAACAUACACUGUAAUCUCAGUUAAGGAUAGAAAUCCUCAAGGUGUUAAGUCACGACAUAGUAAAGAAAAAAUAAUGAGUUAUAACAUAAAUAUGCCUACGCAAGUUACUUUCCUACCCAGCAUUCUUCCAGGAUGUCGGACAUUACAUGUGACAUACACUAUAUUUUUAAGCAUUAAAUUCAAAUUAUGCAGUGGAAAAUUAACAAUGGAAAUCCCUAUAAGUAUAGGACCUGCAACCAACUCUUCAAAUUUAGAAAAAAUCAAUUCUGUACCAAAUUUCAAUCGGCCAUUACGAUUCCCUCAUUUCAACAGGAAUGGAGAUAGCAGAAAUUCUAUAGCUGGAGAUCAGGGACCUCAUGUUCACUCAAAGUUUUCACACGAAGGGUGUGCUGGAUUACUUUGCUGUUUUGGAAAUGACGGAAUUCGGUAAACCUGUGAAAACUUUCAAUAGAAAUGGAAUAACAUUAUUAUGAUUUGUUACACUGUAAUUUAUUCAACAGUAUUAUCCAUAUAAAAUAAAAUAUUAUAUUCUUUU